GCAGAGGGCAGUAGAAAACAAUUCAAGUGUUGUCUAUUUGGUUGUUCAACAUUUGGUCUACCAAAUAAUGUAAUUUAUCGCAUAAAUAGCAUAACAUAUGUAUAUUCAACUUACUUUUUAUACUCCUACACAUAUUUAUUUAUUCAUUUUUCUUUAUAGGGAUUAAAAAUUGAAAUAAACAUGCACAUUUACAAUUUCUUAUUUUAGGUUUGUAUGUUGAGGUCAACACAACCAAACAUUUCAUAGAAUCACAGCAUCAAAACAUAAUAACUGAGAUAGUGGGCAUCAUUAGCAAGAGCAGUGUGGCUACUAUUAUUUUACAUAAAUUAGUUUGCAGACUGAAAUCAAAUCAGUGAAGGUUCAGUAAGCAUGAAAUGCAAAUAUGAUGCUGGCCAACAUUUUCUAGCUCAUUGUCACAGGCUGCCAAGCAGGAAAACAAAGUUAGUCCUCAAUUUAGAGACAAUGCUAUUGAUUUUUUAAAAGAGCAUGGAAAUGAAUAGAAGUGUGAUGCCGCAAAAUAAUGAGCUCUCAUUUAAGAAGGGGUGUUGGGGGAGCAAAGUUUUCCUGUUCUCUACAAGCUUCUCUGGAUGCACUAGUUUCCUCCCACAACAGAAACAUGUGUGUUAAACUUAGAGGUGACUCUGCUGUAAACGUGCAUCAGUGAUUGUCUCAUUUGUUUUUGUUCUUAUUUUUUUCUUGUAAUCAGCCAGUGACUUGUACAUGGGGUCACUUGCCUCUUGAGAACAUAAAAGGGCUCAAGCCUGACUGGAAAGUUAAACAAAAAGUACAGUAAACAAUAUUAAAUGUCUAUAAGUAAAAAAAAAAAAAAAUAAAUAAAUAAAAAAUCCACUUCUUAAUUAAUCAAAAAGGCAAAGAAUUAUAUAAUUGAAUAUGUUUUAUAAAAUAUAUAAAUAAUAAACUACAAAUUACAGCUUCCAUACAACAACACUUGCACAUUUGAUACAUAUUAAUUUAAAAGUAAAGUUAGUAAAAAGCAUUUUUUAUCAAUACAAAUAAAUGUAACUCCAAUACUAACAACAUUUUUGUGGUUUUAAGAAAUCUAUAAGUUAUUUCCCUGGCAAAUGUAUCUUGUUCUAACCCUGUAUUACCAAUUAGACUUUGGACAAAAUACUCAUAUCUAUAUGAACAAAAUUUAAAUGAACAUAAAAUAAACAUUUCAGUAUUCAAAAAUGGGUUUUAAUAAAGUUGAAACAACUAUCAAGGGCGAAAUAUUUGGUUAAUAACUGAAGUAUAAGCCCCUUCAAUUAUUAGAUAAGCAAUGUUUUAUAUAUAACGGCAAAAAAAAAUUCUCCCAGCUUCAUUAUUUAUGUACAGUUUUCUAUUUCCACUGAUUAGUUCACAGAGAAGCAACUGUAAAGGUCAAGUGCAGCUAGUCUUGAUGGUUCUCCAGCCUCAUCUGAUGAAAUGCAAUUUGUGAGGAAGGAAAUCAGAGCAUGCUGUGCAGAAAAUGACUUUUAGAUUCAAGUUAAUAUCAAUAAUGUUAGAGAGCAAGGAAAUGGUUUAGAUGAGACACAAAUAUUAUUACAUUUCUUACCAGUGGUGCUUAAAGUCCCCUUUUGCAAGUCCAAGUCAAGUCUCAAAUAUUGGCAUUUCAUUUCAAGCCAAGUCUUUAGCUAAAAUUUCAAGUUAAGACUUAAGUUCUUAAGUUGAAAAUAAAAUAAAAAUUACAUAAUGCCAAUAAACAACAAGUACUCUGUUUCCAAAAAGAAAGAAUAAACAAAAAAGAAUUGUCAUAAAAUCCCAAAAUUUAAGUCUCAACUCAAGUGUUAAGACUCUGUAUGUGAGACCCAAAUGUCAGGUCACAAUCACUUUUUCUCACACGUUUUUUUUUUAAACAUUUCAUAACAUUUUUUUUGAUUGCUCACUUGACUGUUUGUUUGUUUGUCUGUUUGGCAUUUGAGAUGAUGCAUAAGAAGAAGAAGAAGAAGUUAAAAAUCCUAAAAGCAACCCCAUAACAGUCAAGUCAGUCUUAAGUCUGUUUUUAAUUUUCUUUUAUUUAUUUUAUAGUUGAAGGAAAAAUCUGCAGUGAACAAAAUGUUCACAAGGAAGAACAAUAUAAGAUUAAUUAUUCAAACAAAGAAACUCUAUUCUUAUCUCCAAGAACUUUGAACUCUGGAAGGCAAAACCUAAUGAGAAAAGCGUCACAUCAGCCUCAAUGAAGCGGCGGAGCGGGCUCGGAUCAGCACCACGGACAGCGACACAAAAGCCCCAGCAGCGCCGCGGCUCCGCGGAUCAUCCUGACGUGGAUUAUUGACACCAGUGGACAGUCUGGCUUGUCUGGACUCAGUCGAGUGUAGGAGGAGGUUAGUUGUUGCGUGACAUUAAUUAAACUGCAGCGUUUUAGUUCAAUCUGAAAGAAAUGAACCGACUUGAAUGGGAGUUAUUUUGAUUUAUCUUAGACUGAAAGCACAUUUUCUUCUGGAUCGUGCUGAGCUCUCAGGCUGGAGGUGUUAAUAAGAAGUCCUCGACCUUGUGUGUUGCAUUGCCCUCAGUGGGGGAACUCCUCAGCUCUUCAUCAGCGCCGAUUCUUCAACGUGGCCAAUCAUGUGGAAGGGGGCGGGGCCGCGGGCUGAGAUGCCCGGGAGUCUGGCGGGUUGCCGACAAGAGGCAGCAGCGGCCGGGAUGGGCUCACACCUCUGAGUCACUGCUCAGCCUCUGGUCAGGUAUUUCGGACUCUUUGAGGGUUUUUUUUCUUCCUGGGCGUUUCCCCUCCGCUGCCAUUCAUUAAAACCAGACCAACUGCAGCCACUGUUAGGAAGGAGGGGAAGAAGGUACAGCUGCACUCCGACGCUCAGCACUCCCCUGAUCACACCUGCGCUUCUGCUGCUGAAGAGCUGUGAUCAGAAUGCAUCCAGAUAAGUGCUUACCUGAACUGCUGGCAGAGAAAAACAGCCUGGAUCCCUCCUUUGUGCACGCGGUGCGUCUGCUGGCAGAAGAGAUUGAGAAGUAUGACGGCGAUGAGCUGAGAAAAGAUGGUGACGUGAAGAAAUAUCUGGACAUCAUCAGCAAUAAAAACAUCAAGCUCUCCGAGCGAGUUCUCAUCCCAGUCCGACAGUAUCCAAAGUUUAACUUUGUGGGAAAGCUGCUGGGACCACGGGGAAAUUCUAUGAAAAGAUUACAAGAGGAGACGGGAGUGAAGAUGUCCAUCCUUGGCAAAGGGUCUAUGAGGGAUAAAGAAAAGGAAGAAGAAUUACGGAAAGGCGGGGAUGCCAAAUAUGCCCAUCUGAGCAAUGAUCUGCACGUUUUAAUUGAAGUCUUUGCUCCACCAGGAGAGGCCUAUUCCCGCAUGAGUCACGCCUUGGAGGAAAUUAAAAAAUUUCUAGUUCCAGACUACAAUGAUGAGAUCAGACAGGAACAGCUGAGAGAGUUAUCCCUGUUGAACGGCUCCGAUGAGUCGAGCAGGGGCAGGAGCGCACUCGGGAGGAGCUCGCGACCAACAAGCACAACUUCCACAAGGGGCCACAGAGGUACAGGAAGGAGCGCUGCGGCUCCUCGGGGGACAGCAACACCAACACACAGCAAACUUCCCACGACGGCUUUGAAAAGGGAAGCACAAGCUGCAAGAGCCAGAGGGACAGGAGGGAAUGCAGGAUACAGGCCGCCGCUGUUAGCAGUCACACAUGAAUCAUAUGACGACUAUGGGUACGAUGAUGGAUAUGGCGGGGAGUAUGAUGAUGAAAGUUAUGAAAUCUAUGAUGACAGCUACAACAGUCAAUCAAAGAGCAUUUCAGAGUAUUAUACCUACGGACUUGGAACCAGUGAUGAAUCCUACAACAACUAUGAGGAGGAAUGGACGGUCAUCCGAGCCGGUGUCAAAGCACCGACUUUACGUCUGACAAGAGGCUCCUACAGAAAGCAUCCCUAUGGCAGAUACUGAAGAUGAUAAAAGAUUUGGUGAGAGCAACAAGGAAUACAACAGGAGAACAGAAAGCGUCACGCAAAGGAUCAAUGACUACCUUCACUCAUCAAUAAUCAAGACCGAAUCUUG